GUCAAUGCGUGACGCAGUUCGUCCUCCAUCACCAGUCGAGCCCACAGUCAGAACCCACCAACACCUAGCGACGAGGCGACCCUCACGACUCACGGAAAUAUGUAGUUAGCUCGCACACGGUAUUGUAUCUCGACACCAAGGGGGACGGGUUUUGUGGAAAGCUAUCAUGGGUGGCCAUGACGAUGAAGACAAGGCGUAUGUUGCCAAUAAACAGAAACAAGACGAAGAGUUUAAGAACAAAUUGAAUGACGGAAGCCACUGGGUGGAUCAGGAGUCCACAGGCAACAACGCCAAGUGGCUGAAGGAGGGUCAGAACCAGCUGCGGAAGGUAGCGGAGAACCACAACGACCAGGACCACAACUGCAACAUCAGUCAGAAUGGCAACAAUGACGACUUCCACCUCCAGAACCCAACUCAGGAAGAACACCAGGGAAAUGAUGAGCACAGCAAGUCUCCAAAAUUAGCUUUGACCCCCGGGCUCAGUCAGGCAGAGUCGAAGAACAUCUUUAAUGAGCCACUUCUCAUCGAAACUCUGGAUACUGCUGAAGAAAAGGAGAGAGACGAAGAUGGGAACGAGAAAGAGGAGAAGUCAGGAGAUGAGGAAACAUCCAGAGUGGCAGGAGAAGAGAAGCUGGCAGAGGAUCAUAGCAAUGAGCCGUCUUUUAAAGAGGGCAGUGUCAGUGGGAGAAAUGCCUGCCUCUUGUUCUCCAACUUGAAUGGAACAAAUAGUGACGAGGAGACAAGCUGGACUCCUCAAGACAACACGGCUGAUUCAUCCCCCAACGGCAAUAGAGAAUCAUUUUGGGACUCAAAUGCGUUUGAAACAGACACAGACCUCCCCUCAGGAUGGAUGCGGGUGCGAGACACCUCGGGCACCUACUACUGGCACAUCCCCACAGGUACCACUCAGUGGGAGCCUCCGUCACCGCUGGGAAAAGUGGGUGACUCCAUGAUGUCGUCCACCAUGUCCCUAGAGACCACACCGUGUGAGGAACCAGAGGAGUCUUGGGCUCAGUUUUCCAGUGCAGAAGAAGGAGGUGGUGAAGGAGAGUCUUGGAAGGAGGAGGAGGAAGAGGACGAAGAGGAGGAGGGCGAGGUUGCAUCUGAUCAGAGUCUGAAAGAGUUUGAAGGGGCGACUCUCCGCUAUGCAUCAAUCAACCUCAACUACAACUGCUCUCACUCUGAAGAUGACGAGAAGCUUGCUCCGCUCUGCACAGACAUUGAGACCAAGUGUUUUGCAGUGCGGUCUCUGGGCUGGGUGGAGAUGUCAGAGGAGGACAUGGCACCAGGGAAAAGCAGCGUGGCUGUCAACAACUGCAUCCGCCAACUGUCCUACCACAAACACAACCUGCAUGACACCGCUGGGAUCUGGGGAGAGGGCAAAGAUAUGCUGAUGGUCCUGGAGAAUGACACCAUGAACUUGAUCGACCCCCUGGGACAGACGCUGCUUCACACUCAGCCGAUUGGCAGCAUCCGAGUUUGGGGAGUGGGACGGGACAACGGCAGGGACUUUGCUUAUGUGGCCCGAGAUAACCUGACCCAGGUCCUCAAGUGUCAUGUUUUCCGCUGCGACUCGCCUGCCAAAAACAUUGCCACCAGCUUGCACGAGAUGUGCUCAAAAAUAAUGAUGGAGCGAAAGGCGACUCGGCCCGGGGUGAGCAGGCUGAACUCUCUGGGUAAAUCUGUACCCAUCCCAGUGGAAGAGUUCCCGGCGCCAAAAAAUGAGUUAUUCCAGCGCUUCCAUGUUUAUUACCUUGGUAGUGAGCCUGUGGCAAAGCCUGUGGGAAUGGACAUUAUUAAUGAAGCCCUGGAGGCGUCGAUGGAGGGCAAAGAUAAGAACGACUGGACUCCUGUGUCUGUGAACGUGGCUCCCGCGACUCUCACAAUCAUGUCCAGACAGGGUGAGGAGGUGCUGUCCGAGUGCCGGGUGCGCUUCCUGUCCUUCAUGGGAGUGGGGAAGGACGUGCACGCGUUUGCGUUCAUCAUGGCUGAGGGUCCCAGAGACUUCACCUGCCACAAGUUCUGGUGUGAGCCCAACGCCGCCAGUCUGAGCGAGGCAGUCCAAGCUGCAUGCAUGCUACGUUACCAGAAAUGUUUGGAUGCGCGUCCUCCAAGCCUGGCCUCCUGUCUGCCCACGCCUCCUGCCGACUCUGUGGCGCGACGGGUCAAGAAGGGAGUCCAGAGUCUGCUGGGUAGCUUCAAGAGCUACAGGUCGGGCUCCCAGUCGCCCUAAAUCCAAGGCCAACACAAGGUCCCUCAGCACCGCCUUCCCAUCACCCACACUCUCUUGCCCACAGUCACGCCUUAUGACUUGGCUCACUCGUCUGGUUCCAGUAGUUUGUGGAGGAAAACAUGCAAUUUUCUUUAACCGUCAUCUCUGAAACACGACGAUCCUUUCGCCGGGAUGGUCCUUUAACUAUUUUUGUGUUUUAACAGAAACAAUGCUAUGAAUGUGGAAUAUGGAUGUAUUAUAUUUACAUGCUAAAAAUGCUAGAAUUUGCUCGUGAAUGACUUUCUUUGUGCUCUUUGGUGCAAUUCUCAUCUCCUACACUCCUGUUACGCGUCUCCUGGUGCUCUGACUCUUGUGGCGAUGGAGCAGCUGCACCUCUCUCACCGUAUAUUUGUAAGUCAGCACUGACUUUGUCCCUCACUCCUUAGUCUUCCAAAGAAACGUACGAGCGUGGAUCACCACCGCUGAUGUUUGAAACAUUUCGUAGGAUGUCUGGCAGUUGAGUGCUCGUGUGCAAUAGCUGGAUGUGUGUUGUGUAGAUGACACGGCUGCCUGUCGUCAUGCCGGUGAGAGAGAGUUCCGCUACAUCGAGUGCGAGGCAAAUGGAACAACGGAGCCAUGAUACUUAAAAAAAAGAGAAACUCAUCGUUUUGGAAUUGACGAUAAGAACUCUGGGUCUUCACCUCCAGCUCACUGAUAGUACUGUAGAACUUCAGCUGCAUGUUUUUCUAGAGUCCAUGCUGCAGUUUAGUGCUCGAGACUCAUCGGUGUAUCCUGUAGAUCCUCUCCGUGUUUGUGCGUUGGCAGGAGGUGUCGUCGUGUUUUCCUGAGCAUGUCACUCUAGUCGGUGUCAGUGUGUAAUCCAAAACUAGCAGUAGAAUGUUUAGACUGGAACUGGACAGCAGGUUUGUACUCACACUUUCGUGUAUGCGACGAAGAUGAUGGUGUUUCUUUUUUUUGUUUUGUUUUUGCCCCGCUCCCCCGACACUUCCCGAUACGUGCCGGUGUGUGUGGCCACUCCAGUUACUGUAUUUUUAUUCUCCGCACUCCGAGAGGAUUUCCACAUGACUACAUGAAAUUUUUUUAUAUGAAGAAAAACACUAAUUAUAGGAGCUGUAUUUUAUCUUUGUGUGUUUGUCAAUAAUCAAUAAUGUGUGUAGCACAAUAGCUAGUCAUCACUGACGAUAAAGACGCAGUUUGUGAGUUUUCCUGAUGUUUCGUGGUUCCUAUAAUCCUCCGAAUACAUUGUCAUAAUCUACUGAAGUGCACUGCAUUCACUUAAAACAACUGGUAAAUCACAAGUGAGUUGAACUUCCCAUCUUGUAUAAACUGCAUUUUCAAGGAAAAAAAUGCUGACUCAUCCAACUUCAAGGAUGUUUUUCAGCCAUUACCCUCAGCACGUCAUCUUUCACCUUAAAUAAUGUAAGGAAUAGGUUUAUUUCUGUCAGAAUAUAGAACUAAACAAUUCUCAUCAGACAUUCUCUAAAGAGUGCAACAAUAUUUGCAUCACCCCUUUAAUUUUGGUGUUAAAGAACAAACAGAAAAAAUGUUUUGUAAUCUCAGAUAAACUUUACAAUAGUGCCAACCAGCAUGCGUGAAAUAUAGUUCUACCCUAUAAAUAUAUUUAUGUGUCACAAAAACUCCACAAACUGCAUCUUUUGUCCUAUAUAAAAUAUAAACACUAAUGAAGUUAAGACUCAUCCUAUAACUGUCAAUCAUGUGUCACUUGAAAUGAUUGUGCUAUCUCAACAUUGUCCAGGUGGUGGCGUCACUAAAGCCAGAAGAACAUUAGCAGAUUAAUUUAUUUCUGUUUGUGUAAAUUAGGUGUAUAAAAAUGUAUGUAUAUAAAAGCCACUGCACAAUAAAUGUCAACAUAUCAGA